AUGGCGUUAACACACGCAGGCAGGAUGCUGUGUCCUCUUCGGUGUUCGCUUUACAUCAUUACCCUAUGGCUUGUAGGGGUUCAUUCGUCGACACUUUAUCUACACAAUGAGGACCGCUACGUAGCACCGCAACAAAGAGGAUAUUUUACAGUAAACGCAAAUCAGGAUUUACCAGACGCAGAUGGAGGGGGCAACGCGGCUCCAGAUCCACGACUGGCCGCUCUUGGUGCUGCUGAAGGCGUAUUGAACCACGGCGCCCUUCUGCCAAGGCGAAGCCGCCGGAGCACUUCUGAAUCUGCCAUGCCGAAGGUGUACGGCCAGGCCAGCUUGAAUGACUCUCAUAACCAGAUGGUUGUCCACUGGGCUGGAGAAAAAAGCAAUGUCAUCGUGGCUUUGGCUCGAGACGGCGCUGGAGCCGAUGGACCCAGAGACAGCGCGGUCUAUGUGUCUUAUGACUAUGGGUCCAGCUUCACUCCUGUCUCUUCGAAAUUCAAGUUGCCUGAGGCUAUGGCCAAGGCUGGCAGCACACAGAUAAUCUCUCAAUUCUACCACAGUCCUGCAGAUAACAAAAGGUACAUUUUCGUUGACACCACCAACAACUACCUGUGGAACACCUAUGACUUCUCCCAAAGUGUGCAAGGUUUCUCAGUCCCAUUCAAACCAACAGACAUAGUGAUCCACAGCACAAUGCCCAAUCUGGUGCUAGGGUAUGACAGCUCUCACCCAAACAAGCAGCUGUGGAAGUCAGACGACUUUGGGGAGACUUGGGUGUUGAUCCAGGAGCAUGUGAAGACCUACUUUUGGGGUGUUGAGCCAUACGACCCGCCCACAACAGUGAUGGUCCAGAGGCAUGAGCCCCAGGGUGUCUCCACAAUUCUUAGUAGUACUGACUUCUUUCAGAGUGAACAGAACCAUACAGUGAUCCUGGAGCAAGUUGACAGCUUCCAGCUCAGGGAAAAAUACAUGUUUGCUACCACAACGAGGAAACUGCUUGGCAGUGCUGAGCCUUCAUCCGUUCAGCUCUGGGUCUCCUAUAACCGCCAGCCAAUGAAAGCUGCCCAAUUUAGAACUCGCCAUCCAAUCACAGAGUACUACAUUGCUGAUGCUUCUGAGGACCAAGUGUUUGUUUGUGUGAACCACGUGAACAAUAUGACACACCUGUACAUCUCAGACACACAGGGUGUUUCCUUCUCUCUGUCUUUGGAGAAUGUUCUAUACUACAGUCCAGAGAGAUCCAAAAGAAACUCACUCAUCAGGUAUUAUACUAAAGAGCCUUUUGCUGACCUGCACCGCGUGGAGGGACUCAGAGGUGUCUUCAUCGCCACAAUCGUCAAUGGGUCUCUCACUGAGACCAACAUGAGUUCGGUCAUCACAUUCGACAAGGGAGGAACGUGGGAGCUGCUUCAUGCACCCACAGCUGACAGUCUCGGAGGGACUGUGGACUGUCAGCUCAGUAAAGGAUGCUCCCUCCAUCUGGCGCAGCGUUGGAGCCAACUAUCAAACUUUCAACAGAGGAGGGUUCCCAUUUUAUCUAAGGAGUCUGCACCAGGACUCAUCAUGGCCACAGGAUCAGUUGGCAACAACUUGGCAAACAAACCGAAUGUGUAUGUGUCAAGCAGCGCGGGAGUCCAGUGGAGGGAGGCAUUAGCAGGUCCUCAUUUCUUCUCAUGGGGAGACCAUGGUGGUAUCCUGAUGGCUAUCCCACAAGGAGGCGCCAUUAACCAACUCAUGUUCAGCACUAAUGAGGGACAGACGUGGACCAAAUUUCAGUUCUCUGAUAAACAAGUAUAUGUUUAUCAGUUACUGACGGAGCCUGGGGAGAAAAGUACAGUCUUCACCAUCUUUGGAUCCUACGCCGGCCAGAGGCAUAGCUGGCUCAUUCUUCAGGUCAACGCUUCUGAUGCAUUAGGUGUUUCAUGUUCUGAGGCAGACUACAAACUUUGGUCCCCAUCAGAUGAACAUGGUAAUGAAUGUCUUCUGGGUCGAGAGAUAACAUUUAAGAGAAGAACACCUCACGCUAGAUGUUUCAACGGCGAAGACUUUGACCGUCCUGUCACCAUGACUAACUGCUCAUGCUCCCGUCAAGACUAUGAAUGUGACUAUGGCUUCAAGCUUAGUGAAGACUUGUCCCUGCAAGUGUGCGUUCCUGACCCCGAGUUUACUGGUGACGUCCAUGCUCCUCCAGUGCCAUGUCCUGUUGGCACCACUUACCGCUCCAGCAAAGGAUAUAGGAAGGUACCAGGAGACACUUGCAGUGGGGGAGAUGUGCAAGCCAGACUAGAUGGAGAGAUGUUACCUUGCCCUGUUGGAGAGAGUAAUGAGUUCAUCCUCUAUGCUGUGAGGACUUCUAUCCAUCGCUAUGACCUGGCCACUGGCACCGACCAGGUCCUCCCACUGCUGGGUCUAAAGGAGGCUGUGGCGCUGGACUUCGACUAUGACAAGAACUGCAUCUACUGGGCUGAUAUCCUGCUAGAUACCAUACAGCGUCUCUGUCUUAAUGGCAGCACCGGUCAAGAGAUUAUAGUGAGGAACAACCUACAGAAUGUUGAGGCUUUAGCCUUUGACUCCAUCAGCAGAUUGCUUUACUGGGUUGAUGCUGGUGCACAGAAAAUUGAGGUUUCCAAUCCUGAUGGGGACCUGCGUCACACCCUCCUGAACUCUUCCAUCCUCGAACAUCCACGAGCUCUUGUUCUUCUGCCUGAAAAGGGUCUCAUGUUCUGGACUGACUGGGGAGACAAAGCAGCAGGCAUUUACCGAAGCGCCAUGGAUGGAACCAGUGUUUCUUCUAUUGUGUCAGAGGGGGUCCGCUGGCCCAAUGGAAUUGCAGCUGAUGAUAACUGGUUGUACUGGACUGAGGCCUUCAGUGACCGAAUUGAGAGGGCUGACUUUAAUGGAGGUCAACGACGCAUUCUGUUUGAAGGGUUGCCCCACCCGUAUGCCAUUGCUGUCUUCAAAAAUGACUUGUAUUGGGAUGACUGGUCCAGAAUGGGUAUCUUCAAAGGUCCAAAAAGGGGUAGUCAUAGUACUGACCAAAUUGUUGGCAGACUUACUGGUGUGAUGGACCUUAAGAUUUUUUAUAAAGGCAAGAACAAAGGUCAUAACUCCUGUGCUGACCAGCCAUGCAGGUUGCUUUGUUUGCCUAAGCCUGGCUCUGGGCACACCUGCAUUUGCCCAGAAGGCACCCCGUCUAUCACCUUGUCUGAUGGACAGCUGCAGUGCAACUGUCCUACAGGAUACCAACUCCAAAACAAUACCUGUGUUAAGAGAGAGAGUACCUGUUCUGCCAACCAGUACCGCUGCUCAAAUGGCCGUUGUAUCAGUAAGAUCUGGAAGUGUGACAGUGACAACGACUGCGGAGAUAUGAGUGAUGAACAGGAGUGUCCGACAACAACUUGUGACCCGAACAAUCAGUUCCGCUGCGUCUCCACCGGUUCUUGCAUUCCUUUGUCUUUCCAAUGUGAUCAUGAAGAUGACUGCGGAGACAACAGUGAUGAAGAGCAUUGUGAGUCUCACGUGUGUGGAAAUGAUGAGUUUACCUGUGCACGGGGUGUUUGCAUCCGUGAGUCCUGGCGUUGCGAUGGAGACAAUGAUUGCAGAGACUGGUCAGACGAGGUUAACUGCACAGGUGGCCACCAUACAUGUGAAUCGAGUAGUUUCCAGUGUCACACCGGCCACUGCAUACCAAAGCGCUGGACGUGUGACGGUGACAAUGACUGCCAGGACGGCUCAGAUGAAGACCCUCAGUACUGUGAUGGACCUAGCUGUAAAGGUUUCCCCUGCUCCAAUGGCACCUGUUUGCCAGUAACUUCCCACUGUAAUGGGAUGAAGGAAUGUCCAGAUGGUGCUGACGAGGACUACUGUGACCCUUUGUGCACUCGUUACAUGGACUUUGUAUGCAAGGACCGAACCCAGUGUCUCUUUCAAUCCAUGGUAUGUGAUGGUGUCAAACACUGUGAAGAUGGGUCUGAUGAGGAUCCAGAUUAUGCCAAAUGUGCCCCUCCAUCUGAGUUUACCAAAGUGUGUGACCAAUACACCUUUGAAUGUGCCAAUGGAGAAUGUGUGAGUCUUGAGUGGAAAUGUGAUGGUAUGGAUGACUGCGGAGACUACUCAGAUGAAGCUAAUUGCGCUGCGCCCACUCAGGGUCCUGGAUGCUCAAGGUAUUUCCAGUUUGAGUGUAAAAAUGGACGCUGCAUCCCAACUUGGUGGAAGUGUGAUGAUGAAGAUGACUGUGGAGACUGGUCUGAUGAAGCAGACUGCACAGCCUCCAAUCUUCCAGGUGAAGGAUCACACACUGUGGCGCCUGGACGGCCGACAUGCGGUCCCAACCGCUUCCACUGUACCACUGGAGCUUGUAUUGUAAACACUUGGGUUUGUGACGGCUAUACUGACUGCCCUGAUGGCAGUGAUGAGCUGGGAUGUCCCACAGUUGAUCCAUCCGUGACAAAUAACCCAAUGUCCACCAGGGACCCCUCGUCCUAUGCUCAUUGCCAGGAGGGUCAGUUUCUGUGUCACCAUGAGCGCCACUGCAUCCCUGGCUGGCAGCGAUGUGAUGGCCAUUUCCAAUGUCGAGAUGCCUCUGAUGAAGCCCAUUGUUCAACCCACAGCCAACCUUCCUGUGUGAACGGAACUCGCUGUGCUGAUGGAGAAAUAUGUGUGUUGAACGAAGAGUGGUGUGACGGCUUUUUGGAUUGUUCCGACCACAGUGAUGAGGACAACUGCACCGCGAAUACACUGGCCUAUAAAGUCCAGAACCUUCAAUGGAAUCCAGACUUCUCUGGCGCCAUCACUCUAACAUGGUCUUAUCCGAAAAAGAUUUCCCUGAACUCCUGCCUCUAUGUUGUCUAUUACAGGGUUAUAGGCACUCAGCCGUGGACCACCAUAGAUACUCACAGUAGCACCACCAGCUACAAACUUAAAGUCCUAAGACCAGACACCACUUAUCAAGUCAAGGUUCUCGCGCAGUGUCUCAAAAAGCUGCACAGUAACAAUGAAAUGAUAACGGUCAGAACACCAGAAGGAUUGCCUGAGCCUCCUACAAACCUAAAGCUGUCUUGUGAUGAAAGUAAGGAUGGGACAGUUGAUGUUUCCUGGAGUCCACCUCACAACGGAAACGGACUCAUUCGAGAAUAUAUUGUUGAAUACAGUGAGCAAAAUCUAGAAACCAAUGAGAAGGUGUGGACAUCACAGAGAAGUACCACAACCAGCACAGAGGUAAAGGGACUGCAGUCAGAAACGAUGUACAUGUUCAGGGUGGCAGCUGUGACCGGCCGAGGUAUGGGAAACUGGACUGCAGUUAAAACCUUAACUCCUGGGGAAGCGCUGCCUUCUCCUUCUGUGAAUGCUGACAUAGUCACUGCAGAUUCCAUGAGCCUUUCAUUCAGCCUCAACUCCAAGAAUGAAGUAAAACAGUACAUCGUGACUCUAUCCUGGCAGUUUGACUCUCACCUGAAGGAGAGCAAGAACUACACAGCCACAAAAAAUAUACUUAAAGUGAACAACCUGACAGCAGGGACAGUGUAUGAGGUGGCUGUGUGGGCUCACACUGCUGUCGGUGACAGUCCUACAGCCUUGUCUCAUCAUCGGACUCGGGGCGUCCAGCCACACAAGCCCAUCUUAAAAGCUUCAGCUCUCAACCAAACUUCUGUGAACUGCAGCUGGACCAUCACCAAUGGGGAAUCUGCAAAGGUGUAUGGUGUGUUUUAUGCCACAUCCUUCCUGGAUUUGUACUAUAAUCCUUAUCUGGUCCACACCAACUUUACCAAUUUGAUGGUUACUGUGGACAGCAAUGAGCAGUAUCUUUUUCUGGUGCGGGCUGUCACUCCCUUCUCCGGUCCUCCAUCUGAGCAUGUUGUGGUCAAAAUGAUUCCCAGUGACCGACUACCACCAAGAAAUCUCCACCGUGUGCAAACAGACAAGACAGAGGUCACACUUAAGUGGCAGCCUCCAUACGAUACACCAAAUAAGUCUCUGACAUAUGCAGUCCAUGUGCAGGAUGUUAUCCGCAAAGUGGAGCGGGACUAUAAAGUAGCAACAAAGAACAACACGGUGGAGUACCAUCUGAAAGGGUUGGAGCCUGGAGGACGCUACAGCAUCACAGUCCGUCUCUUCAACAUGAGCAACGAAGCUAGCUACACUCUGACCACAGUUCCUCUUCCGGCUCCUGACGCCUUGAAGAUACUGAAUGAGAAUGACCACAUAUUACUGUUGUGGAAGAGCAUAGCUGUCAAAGAUAAGACUUUCAAUGAGAGCAGGGGGUAUGAGGUGCAUAUGUAUGACAGUUUGACUAACAAGACUACCUCCCUGGGAAACACAACAGACCCCUACUUCAGCAUCAGCAACCUGCAGUUUGGACACAACUACACAUUCUCUGUCCAGGCCCGCUGUUUGAUAAAUGGCCAACUGUGCGGCGAGCCUGCACUGCUGCGCUAUAACCAUAUUAGAGCAGGAGCGAGUGGGGCGUCCCAAGGUGAUGGUCAUUCUGAGGACACGGCAGCAGUUGUGGUCCCGGUCCUUUUCUUGCUGCUUCUGGGCGUAUGUGGUGGCUUGGUGGUGCUCUACCUCAGACACCGUCGACUGCAGAACAAUUUUACCGCCUUCGCCAACUCCCACUACAACUCACGCUUGGGCUCUGCGGUCUUCUCCUCUGGGGAUGAACUAGUCGAUGAUGAUGACGAAGAUGCGCCCAUGAUUAGCGGCUUCUCAGAUGAUGUUCCCAUGGUCAUUGCGUAG